UUCCCCACAAAAAAGGUAAUUAAUACAUUUUUAUUCGUCACUUGCCUAGAGCCCACUGCUCCACUGCCCUCUCUCGUGUUCGAAAUUUGAAUCCGAAAAGUAUGUACGGUCCAUGGUACACGGUGUCAGGAAUCUAUAGCACAUGGUCCAACAUAGUGACAGAGGAAUCCAUAGGCCCGGUCCCGCAUCUGUUGCAAUACGGUCUGAUAUACAUGCCCUAGACUAUCAUGUGGCAGUGGAAUACCAUGCAUGGCUGACAACUUGGUGGGCCACGCUGAUGGGAUUGCAUGCUGGAUGCACAGAUACACGUUGCGCGCGGCACAGAUACAUGCUGGAGCUCUCGGCUGAACCCCAAGAAACCAAGAACCCUUCCUCAACCUCCCUCCUCUGUCCACCGCGUCCACCGCCUCCGUCUCUCCCGAACCAGCCACCGCGGCUGACCGAUGGUCCAGUUCCACGACGGGCAAGAGAUGCCGCUCCGCAGCCACGCGCACGCCGCGUCGCCCCACCCCGGCGAGGGCGGGGAUGGCGCCACGCCCGGAUCGAGCGGCGUGCCUCCGGUGCGCAUCUACCACGGCGACGGGGCCCUCUGCAUCACUUCCAGGACCUCGACCGCGCCGCCCGCAGAGCACCACGUGCGGCUGCGGAACCGCACGCACGCGGCCUUCCCCCACCCCCGCGAGGGCGCCACUCCGAACGGCCCGUUGCCUGCGGACAUCUACCAGGGCAACCCCAUGUGCGCCAGCGCUUCCGACGGCCGCUACCUCGCCGCCGCGCCCACAGAGGGGCACGGCUACGACGAGCCACCGCAGGCGGCAACGGUGGACAACAGCAGCUCCCGAGAACCGAUGAGUACAGGCUCCGGCGCCGGCGGGCAGGCGACGACGGCAACUUUAGCUUCCGAUGUGGGAUGUACGAGUGGGUACUGGAGGGCCCACACAUCCGGGAGCCAAGCACUAGCAGCGACAUUCCAGCCGACGCAGAGCUUGGAGCAGCUGCAGACAUCUUCGUGGCCGUGCCUAGGGGGUUGGAUGGCGUCCCGCCGUUGCUGGUUCGCACAAAGUUUCUCUUCCGUUGGAGGCACUGGGUUCAGUCCAUGCGUUUCUGGUGUGCGACGACGCUGGGCGUUGGUGGCGACCCACGUCAGUUUCUCCCGGCGGCGUGGUCGUGGGAGCACAUUGCUCGUCCGGCGGUGGAGCAGGAGUACAACGGGCGCGGGGAGCCCGAGGGGUCAUGCGCCCUGUGCUCCGUUGCGAUGUGCAUUCACGCACAGUAUCGGCUACACUUCGAGCGCCGGCACGGCGCGGGCUCCUUCCCUUACCAGGUCAGCGACAUUGGAUAUGUGAAGAAGGCAUGCGAGAGGGCGGGGAUUUGGAAGCGGUGGAGGGGAGGCACUUCGCCUCACGACGUGCUCGGCGUCAUGGAUAGGCGAGGCAUCGGCUUGCGCACAGAAACGGCCGGUGGACGGCGGGGGCCUCUUAUUCGACACAGGAGCAGCGAUCAGUUCAGCUCGCUGGAUCACGAAGUCCAAGAUUUGGCCAUGCUCAUGCGGCUCGGCGGCACCAUGAUCGGCGCGCUAUACAUCGACGCAAGCUUUUACGCCGCCACCAGCCCGGAGUCGGUCUACACAGGUGACCCGACGAGACUGGCAGUACCCAACCACGCCACCUUGUGUGUUGGAUACGAGGUGACGGCGCAAGGGAAGCUCGACAUUCAGGUCCUGGAUAACGGGAGGAACGGGGAUCUCCUGUGGGCGCGCUACGAAGCUUUCGACAGAUUUACCGUCAUCGGCGUCGAGCUUGAGAACGAUGGCAGCAUCGAGGGUGGUGGCAGGAUACGAGGUAUACUGAGACGUAUCAUCAGCACAGUCCGCCGUCUCGUCAGAAGCUUCUUCUUCUGGCUCUGAGACUCAGUUACAGAUAGAUAGACUUGUAUUCUAACCGGCUCGUCAGGAGCUUGUUCGUUUGGAUCUGAAUUUUUGUAGAUAUACCCUAGCUGUACCUAGCUGCUACUACUUACAUACGAGUACAUGCACAAACAGUGUGGCAGCGUAUAUGUCCUAUUAUGUCUGUCUGUAACUGAACAAUUCUGUCAUCGUUUAUUACUCUCUCUGAAUGCAAACUCAAUUCAAA